CUGCGCUCCACUUGGGGGAUUACGGUGGAGGGCGGAGUCUCCUUGACUUCUGCCCCGGAAGUUUUUCUUUCAGAGACACGAGCACGUUGAGCCGGCUUUGCGGCAGCCUUUCCUAGGCUGCCUUAUGAUCAUGUCUUCCAAGAAGAACAGAAAACGGCUGAAUCAAAGCGCAGACAGUGCUUCAACCUCGCCCUCUUCUGCUUCCUCUCUUUUGGGGCCCUCGGCGUCUUCUGCUGGGCCAGGAGCGGCGGCAACGGCCGGGAUUCUGGUUGUGAUCAACUUCUUAGAAAAGGAUGACAAAGUUCCUAAAACCUUCCAGAAUUCCCUCGUUCAGCUUGGACUCAACACUAUGAAAUCUGCAAAUAUAUGUAUAGGUCGGCCAGUGUUGCUUACCAGUUUGGAUGGAAAACAAGAGGUCUAUACGGCCUGGCCUGUGGCAGGAUUUCCUGGAGGCAAGGUUGGCCUGAGUGAAAUGGCACAAAAGAAUGUGGGCGUGAGGGUUGGUGAUGCCAUCCAAGUCCAGCCUCUGUUGGGUGCUGUGCUACAGGCUGAGGAAAUGGACCUGGCACUCAGUGACAAAAAUGUGGACAUUAAUGAAGAACAACUGGCUGGUUGUCUUCUGAGAAAGCUAGAUGGCAAGAUUGUUUUACCAGGCAACUUUCUGUAUUGUACAUUCUACGGACGACCAUGCAGACUGCAAGUGUUGCGAGUGAAAGGGACAGAUGGCAUGAUAUUGAGAAGGCCUCAGAAUGACUCUGACACUGAUGCCCAGGGAAUGGCCUAUGAACAGUCCAACAUAGAAACCAGUACCCUGGAUGUAUCCCUACAGCUAAGCCAGUUAGAUCUGGAAGAGCCUCGAGACCCAACAUCAAGCAGUACUCCCUGCAAACCAGUAGAUGACAAAACGUUAGAUAAAACUAGUGACAUUUUGUCAGAUGUUACACAGAGUCCUGGGAGCAGCAGUGGACUUGGACUAGGGGAAGUCACAGGACUUAAGUGUAGUUUUAAUUCAGCCAGAGGAGAAAAUGAGCAACUUGUCAAUGAAGAGAGAUUGCUAAAGUCAGCAUGUGUGGGAACAAAGUGCAACACUGAUAUUUUUUAUUUUAUAUCUUCAACAACAAGAGUCAAUUUUGCAAAGAUUCGUACAAAUUCAAAAGUGCAAGAGGACCACUUCAAAGUAACUUAUGGCAUGAUAGGAGGCUUAAGUAGUCAGCUGAAAGCGAUUAGAGAGAUGAUCGAAUUGCCUCUCAAACAGCCUGAACUUUUCAAGAGUUAUGGAAUUCCCCCUCCUAGAGGAGUGUUACUCUAUGGCCCGCCAGGUACUGGAAAGACAAUGAUUGCCAGGGCAAUUGCUAAUGAAGUCGGAGCCUAUGUUUCUGUAAUUAAUGGUCCUGAAAUUAUAAGCAAGUUCUAUGGGGAGACAGAAGCAAGGUUACGUCAGAUAUUUGCUGAAGCCACUCUACGGCACCCAUCAAUUAUUUUUAUUGAUGAGCUGGAUGCACUUUGUCCUAAAAGAGAAGGGGUUCAGAAUGAAGUGGAAAAGAGAGUGGUAGCAUCGCUGUUAACAUUGAUGGAUGGUAUUGGUUCAGAAGGAAGUGAAGGACAAGUGUUGGUCCUUGGGGCCACAAAUCGCCCUCAUGCCUUAGAUGCUGCACUUCGAAGACCUGGACGAUUUGAUAAAGAGAUUGAGAUUGGAGUUCCUAAUGCUGCAGAUCGGCUAGAUAUUCUCCAGAAACUGCUUCAAAGGGUACCCCAUUUGCUCACUGAAUCUGAACUGUUACAGCUGGCAAAUGGUGCUCAUGGGUACGUUGGAGCAGACUUGAAAGCCUUGUGUAAUGAAGCAGGUCUCCAUGCCUUGCGGAGAGUCCUGAAGAAACAGCCUAAUCUCUCUGAUAGCAAGAUGGCUGGGCUGGUGAAGAUUACUCUGAAUGAUUUCUUAGAGGGGAUGAAUGACAUCAGGCCCAGUGCGAUGAGGGAAGUAGCAAUUGAUGUACCAAAUGUAUCAUGGUCAGAUAUAGGAGGACUGGAAAAUAUCAAACUGAAAUUGAAACAGGCUGUGGAGUGGCCCUUGAAACACCCAGAGUCUUUCAUUCGAAUGGGCAUUCAGCCACCUAAAGGUGUUCUUCUGUAUGGACCACCUGGAUGCUCGAAAACAAUGAUUGCAAAAGCUUUGGCCAAUGAGAGUGGCCUGAAUUUUCUGGCUAUAAAGGGGCCUGAAUUAAUGAAUAAAUAUGUUGGUGAAUCUGAAAGAGCGGUUAGAGAGAUCUUCCGAAAAGCGAGAGCAGUGGCCCCGUCCAUUAUUUUCUUUGAUGAACUUGAUGCCUUAGCAGUUGAAAGGGGCAGUUCUUCAGGUGCUGGGAAUGUAGCUGACCGUGUUCUGGCUCAGCUCUUAACGGAAAUGGAUGGCGUUGAACAGUUAAAGGACGUGACAAUUUUGGCAGCUACUAACCGCCCAGAUAGGAUAGACAAGGCUUUGAUGCGACCUGGAAGAAUUGAUAGAAUCAUCUAUGUGCCUUUACCAGAUGCAGCAACAAGAAGGGAAAUAUUUAACCUCCAGUUUCGCUCUAUGCCAAUCAGUAAUGAUGUGGAUCUGGAUGAACUCAUCCUCCAAACAGAUACAUAUUCAGGAGCAGAGGUUAUAGCUGUCUGUAGGGAGGCAGCCCUUCUAGCUCUGGAAGAAGACAUUCAAGCUAACUGCAUUACGAGAAGACAUUUUACUCAAGCCUUGAGCACUGUGACACCGAGAAUUCCUAAAUCACUGAGACGUUUCUAUGAGGAGUAUCAAGAGAAGAGUGGGCUACAUUCACUCUGACGAAGGAUACAUAUUCAGUGUGCUAAAAAUGCUUUCUAGACAAAACUUGUUUCUCUUUUAAAAAUUUGUCUUGGGCACCUGGGUCACUCAGUCUGUUAAGCAUCUGCCUUCGGCUCAGUUCCUGAAUCCUGGGUCCUGGGAUCA